AAUGAUUCCUCCCUGGGAAAAGAUCAGUUUACUACGGAUCGCAAGUCGAGAGACUGUUAAAUCAGAGCCAUGGGCCAUUUGAUACGCUGGAGCUGCCUGCUGAUCGUGCUGGUCUGUUACGGCACUCGAGGGGAUGAGGAGGACACAUACGGCACCACUGGUCGCCAUUUGCUGGCAAUCUACACAAAUCCGGACGUUAAUCGCGCCACAAAGGAACGAAAUCUACGUGAGAUGGCACAGUUCUAUGAUGCCUACCAAGAUCAAAUCGGCUUAAACUCCGAGGAACGACUACGCGCUGAGGAGCUACGCAAGCGAUACACUGAGGCCAUCAAAACGGGCGUCUUGGCGGAGGGUGAAGCCACGCGAGAGGGUACCAUUGGACCCAUUGUGGCCAAGUAUAUAGUGGAGGGUGUUGUGGAACUGGCGCGAGUCGUUCAAACCCAUCGAAGUUCCUCCUCUGCAAAGGGCAUUUACGUAAAUCGUGGCAUCACCAUUUUUGGAUUUGUUUUUUGUCUUCUUUUCAGCGUUUUAUUCAGAUGAAAAGUAUUUAUAGAUUUUUAUAUUUUUAAAUU